UAUAUUUAGCAAACUGUAUCCUUUAUUUUUGCUCACCGCGUCUUCAAUUUGUCAUUUUAAAACGAUUCCACGAUGCUCGGCGUAAAACACGAAUGCGAAAUCGGAACCGAACAUCACAAAAUCUACUUUCUUCCUAAUCGCGGCCUCUUUCGUAAAGCUUGUGACACGAUACAUCUUCUUCUGAUGGCAUCAGACAAACACCCAAGUGCCCGCAAGUAUUUGCGCAGUUACGUUUCAAUAAUCUCGGAAAGGCGACAUCACUUGCGCAAUCACAGACAUAUCAUUCACCCUUUAAGUAUUUUUAGAUUUUAUUGGGAGUUUAUAAUGAUCGCAACGAUAAUUUGCUUGCUCAUAUCUGUCCCGUACCAAGCUGCUUUCAGAAUGAACGAACGAUCGAUUUAUUGGACCGUUUUCAAAAAUGUCCUUCUGUUUCUUUGUUGCGUUGACAUAAUGUUUAAUUUUAUGUCAGGAUAUUUUGACAAGACGCAGCAAAUUGUCGUAAUGAAGCCGAGAAAGAUAAUAAAGGAGUAUCUGAGACGUAGUUUUCUGCUAGACCUCAUAGGCUCGCUACCAACUGACGUCGCAUUUGUCACCGUCUGGCAAGAAUACGUGGUCGCGCGUGAACUAGCAUCGCUGACGUGCGGAUUUCGCGUAUUCUCUUUAAAUUCUUACGUGAGAAACAUCGCUUACGCGCACAACGUUCCACCGACUCUCUACCAGAUGUGCUCUGCGAUCUUUUGGCUGAUAAUUGCCUUACACUGGCAGAUCUCUAUGUACUGGAUAAUACCGGUUGUGACCACUUCUUUGUAUCUACCGAAAUAUCCCCAUUACGACACCUGGUUGCAUUCCUUCAAUCUUUGGGAAGAAUCUGAAAAUCAACGACACAUGUAUUGUAUCUUACGUGCGGUUCCGAUCUUCUUCUCAGUCGACACCGUCUUCUCCGAUACCAAGCCGAAAACCGAGACCGAUCUCACGUCACUGGUGAUCUUUCAGCUCGCAGGCGGUUUACUCAUGUGGAUUCUGAUAGCUCGCGUGAGACAGUUUCACAGAACUUGCAACAGUUCGAAAUUAAAAUAUCGAGACAUGAUGGCGUAUCUGAACGAGUGCAUGAGACAUAGGCAAUUGCCGCAUCAGACACGACGUCGUAUCGCAAUCUACUACGAGUACUACUUCGUAGAGCGUUAUUUUCGCGAGCUCGAAAUCCUAAGCAGUCUGCCUGUGCAAAUGCGUCAGGAAAUUAACAUGCAGUCGUGUCGCAAACUCGUGGAGAACGUUACGUUCUUCAAGAAUCUGCCGCUUGCGUUACUUGCGCGCAUUGUCGCCUUUUUGAAGUUGGAGAUAUUUCUGGCGAACGACAUUAUCGUGAGCGCCAAUCAACCGGGCGAUUGCAUGUAUUUCAUCAGCACCGGGACGGUCGCAAUUUACACGAGCACGGGAAGGGAAGUGUGUCACUUGGAGGACGGAGCGCACUUCGGGGAGAUCGUGCUGGUGAUGCCGGCCCAGCGAAGAACAGCUUUCGUCGUCGCUGUCGAGACCUGCGAGUUGUACCGUUUGGAUCGUAUUGAUUUUACCAGAACGAUUCAUCCGUAUCCGUUGUUGUGGGAUCAAAUCAAGAAAAUAGCCAUCGAGCGACACGAGAGAACAAUGAUACUCGCCUCGCAAUAAUAGCGAUUCAAUCAAACAACAACAUUGCGCAAAGAUUGCGGUAUGUAUUUUAUUUAAAAAAAGAAAUAUUAUUUUAAUAACAAGCAAUUAAUCGCAGUAUCGACACCGUUUAG